UCCCUGCCACUGUGGCGGAAAAUUGCGCAGAACAACGUUAGCUCUCGUCGGGUGCAAACGUGCUAGCGGUCUUGAUUAACGCGGUAGGGAUACAGAGAGAGAGAGACAGGACUCAUUGAGGCAUUUUCCUUCUUUCUUGCUCCUGUCUGUUUUUUCAUUAAUUAUUAAUACAAAGGCAAAAGAACCCUUCGUGGUCGUUCUAUUGAAAAAGAAGUUACGCGCUUCUAGCGAGAAAAAGGAGCGAUAGAGCUACGUUUUUGAGUAGAGCGAAAGAAAUCGAGAGGAAAGAUGGCAGAGGACAAGAACGAGACAAGCCCGAGCGCCGAGGGUGAAAAGCCACCUCAGGAAGCGACGCCGUCUAAGCAAGAGAAAGAAGAGCCAAAGGAAAGCAAAGAAGAAGAAAAGAAAGUCGAAGAGAAUGGCGACGGUGAUAAUAAACCGAAGGAGAACGGCGAGGAGAAAUCCACGCCAGAGCCGAAGGACAUGCGGGCUAUUGUACUGAAUGGUUUCGGCGGAUUGAAAAGUGUCAAGGCUUUGAGGAAGCCCGAGCCCACCCUCGCGGAGGGAGAGGUCCUCAUCAGAGUCAAAGCAUGUGGAUUGAAUUUCCAAGAUCUGAUGGCCAGACAGGGCGCUAUCGAUUCCCCACCAAAAACUCCUUUCAUUAUGGGAUCCGAGUGCGCAGGUGACAUCGAGCAAGUUGGCGAGGGCGUGGAGAACUUUAAAGUGGGCGAUCGAGUGGUCGCACUUCCUGAUCACAAGGCGUGGGCAGAGCUCGUCUCCGUGCCGGCCACCUCCGUUUUCGCGCUACCAGCCGGGAUGAGUUACCUCGAUGCAGCGGCAAUCACGAUGAACUACACUGUUGCUUACAUACUGCUGUUCGAACUGGCCAAUUUGACGCCUGGAAAGAGUCUCGUGCUUCACAGCGCCGGCGGUGGUGUGGGUCAGGCAGUGGUCCAGCUGGCCAAGACCGUGAAAGACGUGACCAUCUUUGGUGUGUGCAGUAAAUCAAAGCACGAAGCCCUGAAAGCAGCUGGCACCAUCGACCACCUCUUGGAACGAGGCACAGACUAUAGCAACGAAGUCAGGAAGAUCUCCCCAGAGGGCGUAGACAUCGUUCUGGAUUGCCUUUGCGGCGAAGAAUGCAACAAGGGUUACGCUUUGUUGAAACCAAUGGGGAAAUAUAUCCUUUAUGGAUCGAGUAAUGUGGUCACCGGAGAGACUAAAAGCUUCUUCUCAGCAGCGCGAUCAUGGUGGCAGGUAGACAAGGUAUCCCCCAUCAAACUGUUUGACGAGAAUAAAACUCUGUCUGGGUUGAAUCUGCGCCACUUGAUGUAUCAACAUGGUAGCCACGCGUUCGUGCGACGAGCAGUAGAGCGAGUGUUCGCCUUAUGGAACGAUGGUCAAAUAAAGCCUAUGGUAGAUUCUACGUGGGCUUUGGAGGACGUCCCGGAAGCCAUGCAGAAGAUGCAUGACCGUAAGAACAUUGGUAAGAUCGUGCUGGAUCCGAGUCUCGAGCCAAAACCGAAGCCAGCCACCCCAGCCAAAGGAAAGACGAAGGAUAAAAAGGCGGCCAGCCAAGAAAGCCAAGAGAAAAAAGCGACGAGCGUUGAAUCUGAGGAGGGGGAGAAGAAGAAAGAGCCUGAACUGACAAAUGGAACAUCCGAAGACAAAUCCGAUAGCGAUUCUAAAGAAAAAGAAUCGAGCUGAAUUAGCGGCGCUAGCUAAUUUUAAUAUACGUAUAUACAUAAAAAUACAUAUAUAUAUAAAAAAUGUAAAACACUGAUAUCUCCCGUGAAGAUCAAGAAUUUUGCAGAUAAGUACUCUAUUAUUCCUCACUAUCCAGAGAUCUACUACGUUUGUUGCGCUAUACGACGCUUGAUUAUUAUGUGACGAAUAUCCGUAAAGUAUCAUCGUGCUAUGCAGAUGACGAAUUAAUUUGGAAAAAGAAAACAAAAAAAGCAAGACAACAAAAACAGAAACGAAAAAUAAGGAUUUUUAAAUAUUUAGUUUGUCAAAUUCAACCAAAAAAAGAGAAAAGAAGGCUCGUUUCCCCAGAAUUCAUCUGCAUGCCUCUCUCCUCCCGUCUGUUUGCGCUGAAAGAAUUCUUCAGUGGAAUUCACGAGUGAAAGAGUGGGCGUGAAAAUACACGUACAGGUUCAUUCAUGUAUGUGAACCAGAGGGAAACAAAAGUAAAAACAAAACAUACAACCAAAUAUAAGGAAACAAUAUCAAUCUUGACGUGGUCCACAGUAGUUUGCAGAAUAUAAGAAUUAUUAUUUUUAUUUUUUCACACUGACCAAAACAUAAGAUUCAUUUUCAUAUAUGAUAGACUAAAUGAAUCUGGUAGAUGCUAGACUUAUUGGACGAUCUCUUAAUAAUUUCAUACUUCCUUUUUUAUUUUUUAUUUUUUAAACAUCAUAUUUCGUACUUAUCGAAUAUAAAAUGAAAUUAUACAUACGAUAAAAAAGACGGGUCGUCUAAUGAUUCUGCAUUGACCAGCAAAUUGCUACUUUUAUCUACUUACAUCGAGAACUAUUACUGCUGCAAUACAUAUAUACAAUAUAGGUACAUAUUAUAUAUAUGCAGUGACAUUUUACACACUAAAAUAGUACCAUUUACUGUAAUUUAAAUAGAGUACGAUGGCAAUGAUAAUCUAAUCAGCUUUAUAAAGAAGGGAAGAAAAAUUUAUUAGAUGAAACCCUGAAUAUCAAAAGGCUGAAAGAAAACAAACGACUGUGUUACUUUUUACGUGUAUCUCCUUCUUAUCGAGAACGUGUCUUUUUUUUUAUUAUCGAUUGUAUGUAACUUAAAGACCACUUUAACAGUAGCCAGCCUAAACGAUAUAGUUGGAUAAUAAGCUUAUUGUACACUCUGUGUACCAGGAUUCGCUGUAUUAUUUUAGAUAAGUAAUUUUUUUUUUAAUUUUCACCACUGAAAGUACUGAAUCGCCUAACUGCCUAAAAAAAAAAAAAAAAAGGAAAAAGAAAAUUAUUGGUGAAUAGCUCAAGAAAAGAAAAAAUUAAUAACUUUUGCAACGAUUCACCAACGAUAUGCUAUCUUUUUUUGUUGUCAUGAUUUUAAUGUUAGAGCUACGAUAUAAAAAAAAGAAUAUAGCGUAGUUUUCAAUAGACUUUUUAUAUAUGUAUAAACAAUGAAAUUUUGCUUUAAGCGAAUAAUUAUUUAAAUCGAUAUUUAGAGUUGAACUUUAAUGCUCUGUAAAAAUGUUUUUAAAUUUUUAUUGAAAUUAUCAAUUUCUUUUAUUUUGUAACGAGAUAUAUUCCAUUUUAAUUGUGCUUAGGGGAAUGAAUGACAGUGUGAAACUAAUACUUCAUUUUCUAUGCGUGAAUUCUGUGAGAAAUUGAGUAUCAGUAUAUUUUAAAUAGAAAAUUCACAAUCGAGAUCGAAUUUUUCUAGAUCUUUAAUUAUUGUAUAAUUUAAUGUAAGAGAUACACGACCGAUCUGUCGAAUCAAAGACAAAUGAAUUUCCUAAUGGAUAAUGAUGAUAAUGAUGAUGAAGAUCAUGACGAUGACGUGAAAACGAGGUUUUUAAUAAUGUCAUGAGGUUGAGCUAAUUUAUCUAGAAUGAUGAAACAAACAAGAAAAGAAGUCUAAGAGCAAAAGGUACAUUAAACGAAAAGAAAAGAGAAGAAAAUGACUCUGAAAAGAACGAGUAGAUGCAGAGUGAAAUGCAUAUCUCUCCGAAACGGUUGGAACAAUUUUUACAUAACAUCGAUUCUGUUAGAAUUUGAUACUAGCUCUGUAUACCGAUAUAUCUAUAUAUGAUUAAAAAAAAGAUCGCUAUUAACGAAAAAAAAGUUACGGACACGGGCGAACUAUACAUAUUAUAUAUAUAUAUAAAUAUAAAUAUAAAUAAAUGAAUAAAUAAUUAAUAAAGUAAGUCGAUAACAUUCUUCGAGUCUAUCGGUACGAAGAAGUGUAAGAAUUUAUAAGAAUUAUUAUUAUAUUAUUAUUAUUAUUAAUUAUUAUUAUUAAUUAUUAUUAUUACUAUUACUACUAUUACUGCCGUAUCGAGUCUCAGUCCAAGAGUACACUGAAUACUGUAUCUCAAUUUCAAGGACAUAUACCAAUCUCCGCUCUAUUAACGAAAAGAAAAAAAGGGAAAAAGAUAGAAAUAAUAAUAAAAAAACGAAAAAAAAUGAUCGUAAAAAGAACGUGGCUGCAUAUUUUGAGACGUCUUUUGAACACGUAUAAUAAAUAUAUAUAUAUACAUGCUCUCUGAUAAAGUUCGACGUGUAACGUAAUUAUUCUCUAUACGAGAAAAACGAAUGAUAUAAAACCACAUACACACAUAACACACAUACACAGGUACCACACGAUUUUAUCAUACAUGCGUGACGAUACACAUCAUACUGUAUAUUUUAUGUAAGGCUUUAAAUGUUUCAUCAAAUAACUAUUAUAAUAUACCUAUA